UUUUAUUCUGAAGGCAAAACGGGAAGUUGUCUAGUUUCCUGAUUUUGUGAUUCCCAGUGACAGAAUGGAUAAGGACGUGUUUAGGUGUGUUGAGUGUAACGAAAAAGCAACUGAACUACAUCGGGAUUAUAGCAAUGGGAUUCUGAAGCUUUCAAUAUGCGAUUCCUGUCAGAAGCCAGUCGAUAAGUACAUCGAGUACGACCCAGUCAUCAUCCUCAUUGAUGCCUUGUUGUGCAAGACACAGGCUUUUAGACACAUUUUGUUCAACACGAGCUUGAACAUCCACUGGAAGCUGUGUGUGUUCUGCCUGCUGUGUGAGGCCUACCUGCGCUGGUCCCAGCUCCACGGCUCUGAGCAGAGCAGCGAUCCUGCAGACAUCAUCAGGUACACCAAGGAAUGGGAGUUCUACGGCAUGUUUGGACUGGCUUUGCUUGAGCUGUCGGCGUAUUGUGGCGGUGUUCUGUGGUUCGUCUGGCUGGUGGUGGGUCGCCUGCAGGGUGGGACCGUGGAGCUCAGCCUGUUCAUCAGAGCCCUGCUGCUGUCCUGCUACGGAAAGGUUCUUCUCAUACCUGCUGUCAUCUGGGAGCACGACUACUCCCCGCUCUGUCUGGGCCUCAUCAAACUGUUUGUGCUCACCUCAAACUCACAGGCAAUCAGAGUGACUCUGAACAGCAGCAGACGUCUCUCGCUGCUGGCCGUGGGUUUUGGCUUGCUGACAGAGACCUGCGUGGCUCGGGCCUGUAACGAGCUUCCAUGGAGCAUCCAGGACGCAAUGUCGUUAUAAUAAAACCGCAGGAAAACCCUCAGGGAAGAAGAGAGAAACAUGGACGUUUACCUGCGUCAGCCGUUGUGAAACACUUGACCUGCAGCUGCUGUGGGUAAAGUUCCCAAACUUUGACCUAGUGUCCCCGGAAUGUGUGUCUGUCAACAGAACAGUGUUCAAUCAGCAAAACGAGCGGCCGCUGCAGACCGAGUGCCUGUGGAAUGGCAGGAAUUCAUUGACUGCGCUGAUCCACGGUAUAAAGGGACAGCUGACCCUGGCUCGGCCCCCGCAGGCUUCUGCAGGAGCUGGAAUGCGUUGUGAUGAACUGCUGCAGAGCUAAAGCACCCGUGGCUGCAGACGGGAGACACGCCCAGAGAGAGGUGGUGAUACUGUCCCUGACCGAAAAGCUCAAAGCAUCCAGCGACAAACGCAGCAACAACCGUGCCGUCAAUGAUCAAGCAGCAAGACUCGGCGUGAGCUCGUCAUCGGAGACGUGUCUGUGGGUGAUGGAUUUCUCAGCUUGCUUCUUUUCUGUGAAAUCAUGCCAGAAAUUCCUGCUCUAGUUUCUCACACUGUCAGAGAUGUUCUUGGAUCCUAUUCUGUGACAUCACUUCAUAAUAACACUUAGGUAAAAUGAGCAUUAAACGCCAUGGAUUUCUUUAGA